GGCUUCCAGACACGAAGCAGUAAGUACUCUAAAACGUAAAACUGUAGUAACCAGAAUAUUUCGGUUUUAAUGUAAGUUACACUUAAAAAUUAUGAAACAAAUUUAACCUCAGGAACAUUGAACCGUUAAAAACUAUCUAUAACAAUUUAUUUAAGAAUAGCUGCUUAAAAAAAAACUGUGGGCCAUGACAUCUGACUGAUAUCAAAUACUACGUAAUUAAGAUAGUAUCUCAAUAAAUCACCCACACACAUGACUACCUUCAACAGUUUAUUCUAAACAUCGCGUACGCAACAAUACUUAUUUGUUACAAUGUCAAUAUUUACUGUGCUCUGUGUUCUGCUGUUUACGCGUGGAGCUCUUACUAACAGACCGUGUGCCGUCAGAACUACUCCUAAGGAGUCUGUGGUCUGUGUGUGCAACGCAACAUACUGUGAUGAGAUCCGGAGAGAGAUUCCUAAAGAGCACAACUACGUCAUAUACACAUCGUCACAGAGUGGUCUACGCUUUCAUAAAUCUUAUGGAAAGUGGAUAAACUCUGAUUCACAUUAUCCAACACUGGAAAUUGACCCAACAGUAAAAUAUCAGACAAUCGAGGGAUUUGGGGGAUCCGUGACAGACGCUGCUGCUAUCAACUGGAGAAGCUUAUCAGAAAAGUCGCAAAGAAAACUUAUAAAAUCGUAUUUCAGUAAAAAUGGUUUGGAAUACAAUAUGCUUCGGACGCCUAUAGGAGCGUCAGACUUCUCAACCCACGCGUAUGCUUACAACGACUUACCCGAGAAUGACACUCUUCUCACUAAUUUCACCCUCACUCCUGAAGACAUUAUGUACAAAAUUCCAAUGAUAAAAGCUAUAAUGAAGUUGUCCAAUACACCUGUGCAUAUCAUGGCUGCGACCUGGUCUCCGCCGAUGUGGAUGAAGACGCGCUACAGCUUCGGUGGUAUAAAUCGAUUAAAAAGAAGCUAUUACCAAACAUACGCUGAUUAUCAUUUAAAAUUUCUCCAGAGGUAUAAGGAAGCAGGUGUUCCGAUAUGGGCUCUCACAACUACCAACGAACCCAUCAACGGUGUCUUCAAUCUUAUAGGAUUCAAUUGUCUUGGCUGGGAUAUUGACGAUAUGGGAGACUGGAUUGUAAAUUAUUUCGGACCGACCAUCCGUAAUUCGGAAUUCAAAGAUAUCAAAAUAAUCGGUGGGGACGACCAGAGGUUCACGAUACCUUACUGGAUUGACAUGAUGCAGCACACUCAUCCUAAAGCUUUGGAAUACGUUGACGGAAUCGGAGUACACUUCUAUACUGAUGAGAUUAUACCAGCCAACGUCUUCGAACCGGUCUCUCGUCAAUACCCAGAUAAAUUUAUCAUAUCAACUGAAGCUUGCGAAGGGAGUCAGCAUAGACAAAGAAACAAAGUUUUAUUAGGUUCCUGGCAUCGAGCCAAGUCAUACAUAACAGAUAUUAUAGAAGAUUUGAAUUAUAACUUAGUUGGCUGGAUUGAUUGGAAUCUGUGUCUCGACCCUCGCGGAGGUCCCAACUGGGCGAGUAACUUCGCUGAUGCUGCUAUAAUUGUUGACAAAACAAACGACGAAUUCAUAAAACAGCCCAUGUUCUAUGCGAUGGGACAUUUUUCAAAGUUUAUUCCUCGUGGUUCCAGAAGAAUAAAAACUGUUGAAAAUGAAUCAACGUCUAAAUUGCCUUUAAACCAUGUUGCCUUCAUUACACCGAGAGAAACAAUCGUUAUUGUACUUCAUAACGAUGGAGACAAUUUUACAAUUUCUCUAAAAAUUGGGAAACGACGAACAAUAUUGGAAUUAAAUCCGCAUUCGAUUACAACAAUUGAAUUCCUGAAGCAAGAAAAUUAUUUGUAAAUAUUUUUUUAUUUAAGGACUUUUAUUUUACUUUAAACAAAUAUUUAAAGAAAUAAAUAGUUUUUUUUUUCAAUGCAACUAAUAAAAGACGUGUAACCUGCGCAUGUAUUAUACGGUUCGUUAUUUUAAGAGAGCGUUGAAUUGAUAUGUAAACCAAGUAAUUACAUUAU